AACGUCCAACCUCCAUUUCCUACCACUAUCCCACAAACUCCUAUCGCGAACAGCCACAACCAACCCAUACUGUACGACCACAUCCUGCACGGCAUUGCACACAAACACCAGCCCACACACGCUGUGUCAUAUAGCUACAGCUGCACCGAUGCCCCAUCACCACCACCCAACCGCUACAAUGUCCCCCCCGCCGCCAACCUCCGAAACAACGCCUCUUCUCCCCUCCACCUCGGCGCCCGAGCCUGCCCCCCGCGAGACGCGCUCUGUAACCUUCAACCCGACGCCCUCUGUGGCCACCAUCCCGCCCACGCCCAUGCCCAUGCUCUCGGCCCUGAACCACCGCCUGCGGCGGCGCAACAGCUCUGGCGCGCCCGCCGGCUACAGCCCCUCGCCGCUGGGUCCCAACCCCAUCCCUGCAUCAAAGAUCGGCCCGCAGCGCACAUCGAAAACGGCGCAGAAGUUGAAGUUGCUACCUAAUCCCGAUUUUGGCGAUGAGGGCCCCGAUGAGGAGAGUGGGCGUGAUGUGUACUCGCAGUACACGCGGAUUAAGGACCCGACGGCGCGGAGGGAUGCAGCACGGCUGGGGAAGGCGGAUCGGGAGCGGCUGCCGCGUGUGACGGCAUAUUGUACAGCGAAUCGAUACCGGAUGGAUAGGUUAAUGCAGUUUCUCAAGGGUCGCGGGAAGGGAAGGGGUGCGGCGCCACGGCUGUUUGAUGAGUGUAUCUACACACCGUAUAAUUACGGGAAGGCCAGGGUAGGCGGGAAGACAGUGCGGUCUGCACCAGUGAGGGAGGCACCUGCUGAGACGAUGGAGCGACGCUAUUCGGAUUCCGUGGUAGAAGUCGAGGGCCAGCAAGAGGACCUCAUCUCCCUCGCAGCCGCAGACGAGGAUGUUCCUGACGCACUUCUCCCGCCACCCGCUACGCCGCACGUAGUAGAAGAGGAGGAUACACCCGACUUCGACACGACAGUACAUGUCCCCGAAAUUUUUAUAUUCGCGUACGGUGUGGUAGUGAUCUGGGGGAUGAGCGUAGCGCAGGAGCAACGAUUCCUGGGAGAGCUGGCGAGGUUUGAGGAGGAGAAGCUGGGGCGCGAUGAUAUAGAGGCAGAGUGCUUCAAUUUUUACUACACGCAAGAGUACCAGGCGCGGGUGUACAAUGACUUCAUUACGCUGAGGGAGAAGACGAAUUACAUGGUUAAGCUAGCAAUUAGCCAUGCGCUUGCGCAGAGCGUAAAGACCUCACUUUUUGAGGAGCUUGUCGACAAUACUAUCACAACUUGCCAGGACAUCCCGGCAAGCAUCGCGCGUACCGGCACAAUCGCGCUCUCGCGAAAAGAGAUCAACAUGCAGAUUGGCGAGCUGUUCAUCCUGCGGAUUAGCAUCCAUCUCAACGGCUCCGUACUGGACACACCAGAGCUGUUCUGGGUGGAGCCGCAGCUGGAGCCAGUAUACCAGGCAGUGCGAAGCUAUCUUGAGAUGGACCAGCGGGUACAGCUUCUAACGGAGCGGCUCGACGUCAUUGCAGAUCUCCUGGCAGUGCUGAAGGAGCAGCUGACCUCUGGGCAUGGGGAAAUGCUGGAGUGGAUUGUGAUUGUGCUUAUUGCGGCAGAAAUUGCGGUAGCGUUGGUAAAUAUCUUUGUCGAUUUACAGGCAGGCGUUGAUUAGAGGGUUCAUAAAGGCGUUUUAUAGACUGGGCUUGUUUCGUAAAGGCGCUUUUUUUAGGUUAACUUAUGGACAGGUUUCAUAUUAUAUCUCACUGCGUCACAAGUUAACUAACGUAAGCCGUGGUGUAUAAACGCCCCAUGUACCCUUGCAGCUAAAUUUAUAUGUGAAGGUACUUAAAAAUGAAAAGUUCCAGUCUAAAUAACUCCUUUAAUAAAAGGGCAAAAUCUCGAUAUACCUAGUAAACUAGUAAGAAAACUCCAUCUACCCAGUCGGCCGCUAACCCUCCUUUGGAAAGGUUAACGAGCCAAUGAGAGGCGUACUCUCAUUUGAGAGUACGUGCUCUCAUAUGGCCUUUUUGAAGCAAUUGAGCUAGCAAUAUACCAGCUCAAUUGCACGGCUCCCUCCCCCCUCCGACCCCCUCGAAAUCCCCCUCGGAAGCCCUCGCGCGAUGGUGGAGGAGGGGAGGAACGGGGCCCGUUGCAACGGGCUCCAGAUGUCCUCGCUAAUGGAGGCACGGGUAGUCCAGCCAGACGGCAGGAUCUACCUCGUUGACCUGACGGCAAGAACAAGUUCUUGCCGUCGAUACCAAGAGAAUGGCGUGCCUUGUGGGCACACCAUGACUCUUAUCUUUCAACAAGGGAGUCAAUUGACUCCCUUUCUUCCGACAGAGCUGUCUGCUGUGUGCUGGCAGAGGCAGUUGAUACUGCCUCUGCCUCCGAUCUCUGUCGAGGGUCUUCUCGUAGACCCUAACGCCCCAGGAGAAGUCUGUGCCUCCGGUCACCCAAUCCCCUGCGGCCGACCGCGAAAAGAGAGGGUUCGGAGGGAGGAUGCCUGGCGUCCUCGAGGACGCUGGGCUCGCCGGGAUCACGGAGGACUUCUGCCGCUGU